AUGGAGCCGGUGGAGGACCCGUCGGUGAUCCCGGUCGUGGACUUUGGUCCCUUUCUGGCGCCCGGAGCGACGGAUGAGGACCGUAGAGGCGUGGCCAUGGCCCUGCACGCAGCCUGUCGCGACGUCGGCUUCUUCUACCUGCGCAACCAUGGCGUGUCGGCCAAGCUGAUCGCGCGCAUGCUUGGCGGCGCCCGGGACUUUUUCGAGACCGCCACGCCGGUCGACAAAGACCGCAUCGCUCUGCGGAAGCGCAGUGAGGGUGGCGACAACGCCCGCGGAUGGCUGCGCAUCGAGAAUGCCGAAAAGGGCUCACACGAGGCUGUGGACUUUUACCGACCGGUGGCCGACGGCGAGGGCGUCAUGGCCGUGGGCGGCAAGACGGUCUACGAUACCGGCAUGGGCAAGAACCAGUGGCCCAGCCAGCCGAGCGACUUCAAGUCCGUCGCCGACGAGUACAUUGGCCAGCUCGAGCCUCUCGGCGUCGCCGUCAUCCGCGCCCUCGCUCUCGGCCUCGGCGUCGACGAGGCCAUCUUUGUCGAGCGCAUCGACCGUGCCUUUUGGAACCUGCGCAUUCUCGCGUACGAGGGCCGCAAGGAACGGGAGACGGCGAAUGCCGGCAUUGGGGAGCACACAGACUUCGGUCUCCUUACCUUCCUCCUCACCGAUUCAACCAAAAAGUCCCUUCAGGUCCUCAGCAAGGACGGCAAAUGGGUCUGGGCCGAUCCAAUCGAGGGCUGCUACCUCUGCAAUAUCGGGGACAUGCUCUCCACCUGGACCCACGGCCUCUACAAGUCCACGCUCCACCGUGUCGUCCACACGUCCAACUCCAUGCGCAUCUCCAUUCCCUUCUUCUUCGACCCAAACUGGGACGCGUUCAUCUCGCCCGUGAUCGAAGCCGCCGACAACGGUGCAAAGCUGGCCCCGGUGGAGAGCAUCCGCUAUAGCGAGAAGUUUAAGCGCUCCCUAGAUGUUCCGCUGUGGAGAGACCCUCUGGAGGUGGCAGUAUAA